AAUCUGCACACGUUUCUGCCUAUACAAAAAACUUCGCAUGCAAAUAUUAAUCAAACCUAUUAUUACUAUAAUUUAUCAGCUCCAACUUUUGGUGGUGGGAAAGUCAUAGCAGUGUGUGUGUGAUAAAGAUAUAAAUACACUGUAUAUAUUAUAUAUAUAUAGAACUCUAUUUGAAGCAUUAUCAAGGGUUCAUAUAGCUUUUACCCAUUUGUGAAAAAAGUUACCAAAUAUUUUGUUCUUUUAAAGGUACAUUGUAUUUGGACAGGUUUGGAGGUGUUUCUGGAAAUUGGUGCAUCUGGUUAAUCCAUAUCAAUGGUAUUCAAGACAGCAUACGUAUAAUGGAGGAAAUUAAAUAGGUGAGUAGAUAAGUGUUUUCUUCUAUGGCUUAUGAACGCAAGGUUAUCGAAACUAAAGAAAUGGAGACGAGGACCUUUUUUUCCUCAGAGAGUCAAAGACACAACGUGCCGUACAUUCAUAAGGUUGGAAUUCCACCAAAACAAGAUCUCUUGAAAGAAUUCAAAAUGACGCUGAAAGAAACGUUCUUCUCUGAUGAUCCUUUGCGCCCAUUCAAAGAUCAGCCCAAAUCUAGACAGGUUGUGCUUGGACUUCAAGCGAUAUUCCCAAUUCUAGAAUGGGGUAGAAGUUAUAAUCUCAGAAAGUUUAGAGGAGACCUUAUUGCAGGGCUCACCAUUGCAAGUCUUUGCAUUCCACAGGACAUUGGCUAUUCAAAACUUGCAUUUUUACCUCCGCAGUACGGACUAUACUCGAGUUUUGUGCCGCCGUUGAUAUAUGCAUUUAUGGGUAGUUCACGAGAUAUAGCCAUUGGACCAGUUGCAGUGGUGUCUCUUUUGUUGGGGACACUUCUUCAGAAUGAGUAUGAUCCGGUGGAUAAUGCUCAUGAGUAUCGUAGGCUUGCAUUUACCGCUACAUUUUUUGCAGGGAUCACCCAAGCUACUCUUGGAGUUCUCAGAUUGGGGUUCCUAAUUGACUUCCUAUCCCAUGCUGCUGUCGUCGGUUUCAUGGGUGGAGCUGCAAUCACUAUUGCCCUUCAACAAUUGAAGGGUUUUCUUGGCAUCAAACAUUUCACGAAGAAAACUGAUAUUAUUUCGGUGAUGAAGUCCGUCUUUGGCUCCAUUGAUCAUGGGUGGAACUGGCAGACAAUCGUGAUAGGAGCAAGUUUUUUAGCUUUUCUUUUAUCUGCUAAGUACCUCGGGAAGAAGAAUAAGAAGCUCUUUUGGGUGUCUGCAAUCGCGCCUUUAACCUCCGUUAUCUUGUCUACUGUUUUUGUGUAUGUCUCUCAUGCUGAUAAGGAAGGUGUUGCAAUUGUGAAACAUAUAGAGAAAGGAAUUAACCCUCCAUCCGUAAAUGAGAUUUACUUUUCGGGUGAAAAUCUUUUAAAAGGUUUUAGGAUUGGUAUUGUCGCUGGUAUGAUAGCAUUAACGGAGGCUGUUGCCAUCGGAAGAACCUUUGCUUCAAUGAAGGACUACCAAGUCGAUGGAAAUAAAGAAAUGAUAGCAUUGGGAACCAUGAACGUUGUAGGUUCAAUGACGUCAUGCUAUGUCGCAACAGGUUCAUUUUCGCGAUCAGCUGUAAACUAUAUGGCAGGUUGUCAAACAGCAGUGUCUAAUAUAGUGAUGUCGUUGGUCGUUUUUCUAACUUUAAAGUUCUUGACACCUCUUUUCGAAUACACCCCAAAUGCAAUUCUGUCUUCCAUCAUUAUAUCUGCUGUUAUCGGUUUGAUCGACUAUGAAGCAGCAAUUUUAAUCUGGAAGAUUGACAAGUUCGACUUUGUUGCUUGUAUGGGAGCCUUCUUUGGGGUGGUAUUUGCGUCAGUUGAAAUCGGUCUUCUAAUUGCUGUCUCAAUAUCUUUUGCUAAGAUCCUUCUUCAAGUUACAAGGCCACGAACUGCUAUUUUGGGAAGAAUUCCAAUGACAAGUGUUUAUAGGAACAUCCAACAAUAUCCCGAGGCAACAAAAGUUCCCGGGGUUUUAAUAGUUAGAGUCGAUUCUGCUAUCUACUUCUCUAAUUCUAACUACACUAAAGAAAGAAUAUUGAGAUGGCUAACUGAGGAAGAAGAUCAUUUAAGAGCAACUUGUCAACAGAGAGUUCAAUUUUUGAUCAUUGAGAUGUCACCUGUUACCGACAUUGAUACUAGUGGAAUAAAUGCAUUUGAAGAGUUGUAUAGUAGUCUGGCUAAGAGAGAUAUUCAGCUUAUUCUUGCAAACCCUGGUCAACUAGUGUUAGACAAGCUAUAUGCAUCCGGUUUCCCUAAUAUGAUUGGCGAAGAUAAGAUUUUCCUCACAGUAGCUGAUGCUGUUCUCACUUGUUCUCCAAAGAUUGUUCAAGAGGUAUGAUCAAGUACAGCAAACCAAGCCAAUGUAGAGUUAUAGAUCAACACUCUAGGAAUCGGUUUAAAAUUAUAGGUACAUAUAUGGACGGUCAUUACUUAAAAUGCCAAUAACAUGAUAUAACCAAGAAGAAUUUUGGAGUGUAAAACCAAAAGCAUGUAAGAGAUAGUUUUUCUAUUUAUGGUAAGUCGACAGUUGAUGUCAAACUUGUGAGUCUGUACAUUGAAGAAUGUUGUAGAGUUUGAAGCCCUUUGAGAAAAAUCACAGCUUGUGAGUCUAUAUAUCAAGAUUUACAAUAAAGAAACAUACUGAACCAAUAUUAUCACAA